AUGGCUGCCCCAAUACCAACAUAUCAAACAUUAACUACAGUUGAAGCAUUUCGAAAAGCAGUUAAUGAACAUUUUGCAAAACAAAUUAACGAAGGUCAAGAAUAUGAUGAACGUGAUAUAAAACGUUUUAAUGAAAUAGAUGAAUAUGCACUUAUGUUUGUUCGACAUGCACAAUAUGGUAAAACAUUUGAUGAACAAAAAGGAUUUUAUCAUUUUAACGAAGCAAUGACAUGGCGAAAACAAAAUAACGCCUAUGAUAUUUCAACUGAUCGAUUUCCAUCGAGUUAUUUUGAUCGACAUGCAGUAUUUUAUAAAAAUCAUGAUGUUAACAAUAGUCGAGUUUUAAAUUGUAUUAUUCGUGUUUUUCAUAAAGGACAAGAAGAUAAUGAAGCUGUAAAACGUUUUAUAAUCUAUAAUUUUGAAGAACAAAUACGAAGUAAUCCUGGUCAACGAAUUGCUAUUUUAUUCGAUAUGCGUGAAACAGGUCUUGGACAUUUGGAUUAUGAUCUUAUUAAGUUCAUUAUCAAUAGUUUAAUGUAUCAUUAUCCUGGAUUACUUUCAUAUAUGCUUAUAUUUAAACUUCCAUUUAUAUUACAAGCGGCUUGGAAAUUAAUUAAAUCAUGGUUACCAACUGAAACACAAAAUUCCGUUAUAUUUGCUAAUGAAAAAACGAUUACAAACUAUAUACCAGCUGAUCAAUUACCAAAAGCAAUGGGUGGUACUAGAGAUGAAGAACUUUAA